CGGAUAGCCAUCGCGAUGAGGUCCGCCGCGAGGCACGCCCUGCUCCCGUCGCUACUGCCGAGCAACCCCGGCGCCUUCUUCCUUCGCAGCCAUCCCGGUCGGCUCCUGCCACACGCUCACGGCGUGCGGCCGUGUCGCGCCGCGAGCUCUCUGCCCGCCGGGGAGUACCUUCCUCCCUUGUUCAGCGUGGCGCCGAUGAUGGACUGGACGGACAACAACUACAGGACGCUCGCGCGGCUGAUUUCGAGGCACGCCUGGUUGUACACGGAGAUGGUCGUCGCCGAGACCAUUGUGCACCAGAAAGAUAGCUUGGACAAAUUUUUAGCAUUUCCUGCUGAACAGCAUCCUAUUGUCUUGCAAAUUGGUGGAAGCAAUCUUGACAAUUUGGCGAAGGCCACUGAACUAGCAAGUGGUUAUUCAUAUGAUGAGAUCAACCUGAAUUGUGGUUGCCCCAGCGGCAAAGUUGCUGGUCAUGGUUGCUUUGGUGCUCGCUUAAUGUAUGAUCCAGAGUUUGUAGGGGAUGCUAUGUCAGCUAUUGCUGCCAAUUGUGAUGUCCCUGUUAGCGUGAAAUGCAGAAUUGGAGUUGACGAUCAUGACUCCUACCAAGAGCUUUGUGAAUUUGUAGAUACGGUUGUUUCAAAGUCACCAACUAGGCAUUUUAUCAUUCAUGCCCGGAAGGCAUUGCUCAAUGGUCUCAGUCCUGCGGAGAAUCGGAAGAUUCCUCCUUUAAAGUAUGAGUAUUAUUAUGCUUUAUUGCGGGACUUCCCAGAGGUACAGUUUACACUAAAUGGAGGCCUAACGAGUAUUGAUCAAGUUAGUGCAUCCAUAAGACAAGGUGCCCAUCGAGUUAUGGUUGGUCGUGCUGCUUACAAUAAUCCAUGGAAUAUGCUCGGGCAUGUGGAUAGUGAAAUUUACGGCGUGACAACAGGUUGCUCUUCACGUCGUCAGAUCCUUGAGAACUACCAAGUUUAUGGUGAUUCUGUAAUUGGACAGUAUGGCAUCAGCAAACCAAACGUGAGGCAACUUGUUAAGCCGUUGCUACAUUUGUUCCACUCAGAACCUGGCAACGGUUUGUGGAAGCGUAAGGCUGAUUCAACAUUGCGUCAUUGCAAGACACUUGCACAAUUCUUGGAGGAAACUCUUGAUGCCGUUCCAGACUCUGUCCUUGACGCACCGAUAUCGAGAGAGACGUCCAUGGAGGAAGCAUACUUCGCCCAUGUGGAUUCUUUAAUGCCGCCAAGAUACACAAAACUGGCAAACGGCAGCUAUGAAAGCCCGGCACUCGUAACCGCAUCUACUUGAGCUACCAGAGCUUCCAGGAGAAGUUAAAAGUCAAAUACUUUCUUCUUUUGCGAUGACAAGAGCUCACGUUUCAUUGGUCAGGAGGAUUAGUCAUAGAGUAGAUUGUUAGUAAGCCAGGGACAAUGUUAUCGACGCAUAUGUUCUUGUUUAGCAUGCCCUAGAUACUGCCUUGUACUGUUCAUAUGAAUUGGUGGUGUCUGGUGUGGUGGCCGAUUUCAUGAUUUGUUUGGUUACAACUUA